AACAUGGCAACAAUGGCAACAAGUCACAAUUUGUCAGUAAUGACAAACUCUUGCAUAAAACCUCCGGUAGAUCCCCAAACUGGAUUAUCGUCAACAAUGCACGAAAGACCUAAGCCGUCAAUGAGCUACUUGUUCGAUGAAUUGAGUAACGGGUAUGUUUAUGAACACGACCAACAUCAGUUUUAUGAAAAUGGUUCGCCCGAUCUUGUCACAACGAAACCCGCCUUGAAAACAAUUGCACGGGACUUAAGCAAUUGCACUGACGAAGAAUUCUACGAAAAACUCACACAGAUAAAAAACGAACAUAAGAAAACUUUGGUACUUUGUGAAAAGUUAUAUAAAGAGAAAAUAAACCACCAAAAUCAGCCAGAAAUUUCUGGCAUUGGGCCAAGACCGGUUACAAUUACAUCAACCUUAAAUGGACUUGAUUCAUCAGCAAUUCAGAAUUUGGAUGUACCAGCAAGAGAUUAUAUUAAAGGUCAAGAAAUUAUAUUAGACAGGUCUGCAAAUUCCAAACCACCACUUCCAUUUUCAAAAACCCAACGAAUUUCCCGUUCACCAUCAGAUAUACCUGUCUGCAGACCUAGCUCUGCACCUGUACACAGACGUGGAUCGCUCACUAAGAGUUUGGAAGAAGAAGUGUGGAAAUCAAUUUCAGAAAGAAGAGAAAAACAAACAUUUGAUAAUUUUGAGGAUGAACAACAUUUACAAAAUAGAAGUUAUGGCGAAAAUGAAAAUCCUGAAUUAUCUGGUGCUUUAUCACAGAUUGGAGAUAUGUGGGAAGAAUUUUCAAUUGAAGAUUAUUAUCCAAGAUCCAGACAAAGACCUUCUUCAGCCACAGUCACAAAGGGAGAAAAAGAAGAAAAGGAAUGGAGACAUAGGAUAACUAUUCCAAAACCAUUUAAAAUGACAAUAAGAGAAGAAAACAAAGAAAAAACAGUCUCAAAGGCUCAAAUGGAAUUAGAAGAACAAAGGAAACAACAAGAAGCUGAAGAACGAAUUGAAUGUUCUAAAAAAUUUAAAGCAGCACCUGUGCCAGCUCAUGUGUACUUACCACUUUUUGAUGAAAUAAUGGAACAGCAAGAAACAAAAAGAAGAUUUCUUCAACAGCAUUCUCAAGAGUUACUGAAAUCUCAGGAAAAGCCGUUUAAAUUUCAUUACAGAGAAAGAAGUAAAGAAAGACAAACAAGGAUACAAUCAGCUCCUACAAAAAGAGAAUCAAAGUCAAAACACAUGUUCAAAGCUAAUCCAGUUCCAGAUUAUUUAUAUGACAAUUCUGUUUAUGACAGAAUUUUAGAAGAGGAAGAAUAUAGAAAAAUUAGAAUGAAGAUGCGUUCAGAAGAAUUGCUUAAAAAUUCAUCAUUGCCUUCUAACAUGGAAGCAUUGCAAAAAGCUAAGGAACUUAAAGCAAAAGAAAAAGCUAUAAAAAGAAAAAAGAAACAUUACUCAAAAACUAAAGUUAAUCAUGAGGUGCCAGAUUAUGAUGAACUUUACUUGCAUUUUCAGAAAGAGUUAGCAAGACGCAAAAAUGAAAGGGAUGGUACAGUUGUCAAACCAUUCCAUCUUCAUACAGAAAAUAUGAGAUCAAGUCGUGAAAAAAUUAUAUCUGACAUUGCAAACGAUGAGAGAACAUUGAAAGAGAACAGAUGGCCUUAUAAAAAUCCAAGAACUACUCCACAAAGAAGUUUAGGCCAUCUAUCAACUUCUUUGGAUUCUAUACCAGCAAAGAUGACAAAUGCUGCAGCACUUAGAUCUAGUCAGUCCAAAAAGAAACUUUCAACAAUGACUGAGAAGGAAAGAAGAGAGAUAGAUGAAGAGAGGCGAAAACGCAACAAAGAGAUGAAGUAUCGAAGAUUAAUUAAUGAAAGAACAUCAACAGAAAAUUUAUCUGAAACUACUGAACAGAGGUUAAGAAGAUACAGAGAGGCAGAGAGAGAAAGAAUGGAACAAUAUGAGAAAGAAUUACAAAACAUGAAGGACAGAAUUGACCAGAGACCAUUAUUGUUUGAACAAGAAUCACAGGUCAAUGCCAAAAAAACAGCGGAGAAGAAGUUUACUGCCAAACUACGUAGUCACGGAGUUGAUGAAGAAGCCCUACAGACUCGAAGUUCCCGUACUGUUAGUGUCCAUGAUAGUUAUGACAGUUAUGAUGAUGAUUUUGAUGACACCUAUAUGAAAACAAAAGAAGUAGAAGUUGAGUCAUAGGACAGGGAUACAACAGACUUCAUAACAAUUCAACCACUUUAGGCAGAUAUUGCAUGCAUGUAGUCAAAUUCAAAGUGAAAAGAACAAAAUUAGUGGCUGCUGCAAUAGAUGUAACAGAUGUUAUUUAUUAACAUGUAGAUUCAGAAUUUAGCAGUGACAAGACAUCUUUUGUUAGUUAGAUACUUUAUUAACUUAGAUAAGGAGCAUGUUAUCUGGUAAUAAAAGAUCUAGAAAAAAAGGAAAAAAUAACGUAUUCAUUUUACUAUUGUUAAGUAUGGUAAAUAAAGGUUGGAGAAAUUGAGAAUCCCCUUCUAAUCAUGUGACAACAGCAAUAUUCCACUUAUAAAAGGUAGAUGAUCAUUGUUUCAAUUUAUCAGAUAUUGUGAAAAUAAUGUUAAGAAUUAUCUCAGUAAGUUGGGUUGAUAAGGUUAAUAGUGCAAAUAAAAUUAUGUCUUAUUUUUGUUUUGUUUUUAUAAUUGUUUCUAAUGAAUGGUAUUGAUUGUGAUAAGCUAACAGUUAAAAUUUUCUUGUAAUACAUUUUCCAAUUAUAAAAAAAAAACGCGCAGUAAAUGAAAACUGGAAUUCAUAGGUAAAUGUUAGAAUUUCAUUCCAAAUGUGUUUUUAUAUAGAUAAUGUAUGAAAGCUGUUAAUCAAAGUCUAAAACAAAAGGAAAGAAGGCAUUGUUUUGACAUUAUUCUUUUUUUUAUAAGAAAGAUGUGUGACAAAAUCCAAUAGAAAUAAGUAAUAUAGGACAUUAUUAAUAGAUAGAUGAUAGAAGUAGUAGAAAUUUGUAACUGAGCUUUUUAUAUAUGUAUUUCUACUAUAACCAAGUUAAUCAUUCCAUUAGAAAUUAGAUCUUGCUACUGAGCAAGAGUUUAUUAAAAACAGUUUUUGCAUUUGGAUUAAAUAACAUAGAUUCAGGUUUUUUACAUAUUUUAUCAUAUAAUUCAUUUAAGAACAGAGAAAAAGCACCUCAUGUAUAUUUUCAUUGUAAUUUGUUCGUAAUGUACAUGUUGUGUUAGACGAAUGACUCAAAUUUGGAACUUAACUUGGCUCGAGAUCAAAACUUGAUUUUGUAAUUGUAAAUGUAUACUUGAACAAAAAUAUUUUCUCUCUGACUUUUUUAUUUAGUCUGAAGCUGAUACUCUCUUUUUGUCACUUUUUAUGUCUUAUCUAUCAUAGCAGUGGUGCAUUCUUUUUUCAGUUCUGUGCAUCCAUCCAUCUCUUUUGUCUGUCCCAUGUUAAGUUAAAGUUUUGAUGUAAAGGAGUUCACUAGUAGGUUGUGGUCACUUCAGCUUGAAACUAAGUACACAUGUUAAAAAUAUGUUAAAUUAGGGUUUUAAUCCAAAUUUUGUGGUUUACUAAAUAUUGAAAAGGGAUAGUAUUCGAGGGGCAUGAUAUCCUAUUGACAUAUAAUCUUGUGUAAAAGAUGCAUUUGUUUUAUCCCAUACUCUAGAAAUGGGAAUGGCCAGUAUAGAUAAUUCAGGUUAUUAUUUGUAAGUACUGUAAUAUAUCAUUCUCAAUAUUUUACUUCUUGUUUGCAAGCUAGAUCAGGAAGCAAGCCACAUAUGUUCAUAUUGUGCUUAAUGAUUGAGAAUUGCACAUUUAUCUGCUAAAAAAAUAUUUUUUAUAUCCCCCCCCUUUUUUAAAAGCAGGCAAUAUUUAGAGAUGAUAGGGGAGUCUGUCCGUCUGUUAGUUUGUCCUUCUGUCUAACUUUUAUAAGUACAACUAUGCAACUAAGAUUUUUAAAGGACCAUGACUUAUACAUUUGUUGUUCCGUAUAAGUCAGAUAGAAGUUAUUCAUAUUCCUAAAGCAAAUAUAAUCACUUUCCUUUUGUACUUUCUAGUUUCAUUCAUUUGCAUGUACAAUACUUUGUCAUUCAUUGUAUAUCAGUUCUAAGGCUAUAUAAAUAUUGGAAUUUGGUUGAAAAGGAAAUUUGGGGACUUUGGGGAGAAACUUUCAGAAAAAGAAAUCAUGAUUUCUGUUAAGCUAUUCAAUGACCUUAGAAAUUUAUAGAAACAAAAAAUUCCUUAUAGUUUUUGAAUUUGAAUUAAACAAAAUAUGAACUGAAAUAUUAAUGCUUACUUUAAACUAUUUGAUAUGGAUGGUUAAUUUUUUCUCUCCUUUUAGGAUUUGAAUGUUGUUGAUCUUGAAAUAAUAUUUUUAAUGUUUUGGUUUUAAAUGUUUAAUUAUUGAUAUUAAAACUGUUAAAUAUAUCUAUUAACUAGUCUCUUUAUAAAUAAGAGGACAGACCAAUUGUUGUCAUUACAGUUUUUAAGGAAAAAAAAAGAAUUUAUAUAUAUGUAUUUCAUCAGAUUUUGGUAAUGGAAGAUAUCAUGAUUUGAAAGAUGUAAAUUGUAUGUUAUUUCUCUUUUUUAAUGUUUUAAUUUUAAUACACAGAUUCUUACUGUUACUGUCAGUUGUGUAAUAUGGUAUAAGGAAUUUUUGUCAUCAAUGUUAUUGUUUUAUGUGAUACUGUGAUAUUUCUUGUUAAAUCUUGACAUUUUAAUGUUUUCACUCACAUUUUAUACAUUUCAGUAGGCUAUCAGUAAUAUAUUUAUAAAUAAAAUAAUGUAUUGUUUA